CCUCAACACAUCUCGAUGCGAUCUCUCAUCGUCACUGGCGACGCUUCGAUUAUCAUCGGCAAGCAGGGAAAGCACAUCAACGAGAUUCGCGACAAGAGUGGAGCAAGGCUCACUAUCAGCGAGAGCAUUCCCGGUAAUCCUGAGAGAAUCUUGUCUGUCACUGGUCAGCUUGAUGCUGUCAGCAAGGCCUUUGGUUUGAUUGUGAGGAGGAUUAACGAUGAGCCCUUUGACCAGGCCUCGCUUCCCGGAAGCCGCGCUGUCACUAUUCGUUUCAUCAUCCCCAACUCGCGGAUGGGAUCUGUGAUUGGCAAGGCUGGUACGAAGAUCAAGGAGAUUCAGGAGGCUAGUGGAGCUAGGCUCAAUGCCGGAGAGCAGAUGCUGCCUGGCAGUACGGAGCGAGUCUUGAGCAUCUCGGGUGUAGCAGAUGCCGUCCACAUUGCAGUCUACUACGUCGGUACCAUCCUGCUCGAACACCCGGACCGCAACGCCAACAACCUCUCUUACCGCCCCACUGCUGCUGGAUCCGGCGUCGGCGCAAGCUACAGCGGCCGAGGCAGCUUUGCACCUGCCGCUGGCUCUGUCGGUGGAGGCCCCAGCUACGGACCUGGUCCCCCUCAGCUUCCCCCCGGCUCUCAGACUCAGCAAAUCUUCAUCCCCAACGACCUCGUGGGCUGCAUCAUCGGCAAGGGUGGACAGAAGAUCAACGAGAUUCGACAGAUGAGCGCUAGUCAUAUCAAGAUUAUGGAGCCUGGAGCGGGAGCUCUGGCUGGUGGUGGAGCAAAUGAGCGAUUGGUGACGAUUACUGGACCACCUCAAAAUAUUCAAGUCGCUGUGCAGCUCCUCUACCAGCGAUUGGAGCAGGAAAAGAUGCGUCUUGCC